AUGGACCAGCCCAAGUUUGGCUUCCUCUCUGCCUGCACAGCUACCUCAGCCCUGCCCUGCGGGCCGCUGGGUUUCCCCAGCGGGUCUGCGGGCAUUGGGGGCCGAGGGACGGGCAGGGAAGGGGAGCAACGCGCCUUCCCUGGGGUGGCCGGGCCGGCCCUGCAGGGAGAGGCCGGGGCUGUUCCGGAGCGGGUCCAGGCGGAUGGGACGGACGGGAACUGUGUCACGUUCGUGCUGCACGACGAGGAUCACACUCUGGGCAACUCCCUCCGGUACAUGGUCAUGAAGAACCCUGAUGUGGAGUUCUGUGGCUACUGCAUCACACACCCCUCUGAGAGCAAGAUCAACUUCAGGAUCCAGACCAGAGGGGCCCUUCCUGCUGUUGAGCCAUUCCGGAAAGGGCUGAACGACCUGAUGGGUGUUUGUCAACAUGUGCUCAACACCUUUGAGAGGAGCAUGAAGGAAUACAGGGCCCAGAGGGAGGAGGAGAUGCAGUAG